CUAUUAUCCCACAAUAAACCUUUAUCUAUUUUCCUAAACUCCAAAUUUGUCUCUUCAAUCGCGAAUCCCGCCUGAAUCCUUCCCAUUUCAUCGCUAAAAUUCAAAACCCCAAAUCAAAAAUGCUAGACCUAAACUAUGCAACCUGGAACUCAAUCGUCUUUUCUCUGUUCCCUCGAAUCGGACCAUGCAUGGCCAUCGAUCUUCAAUCUCAUAAUAAUUAUUCAUUGUCCAAAGGUCAAAUACAGUAAUCUCUGGAGAUGGAGCUUUGACCGAUGGUCAUUCACUCUUCAAAUGUUGACUCCUCUUUCCUCGUGACAAGAUUCAAGAACGAAAAUGAAUCCUCUUUGGAAAGUCAAUCUGAUAAAGUCGCGCAUAUUAUAAGGAAAUGUUUAAAUAAAUAACAACAACCAUACAACAAGGAAUGAAUACACAACCUUUUUCAAGGCUUUCUGCUGAAACAGUUUUCAAAGACGAGGUAUAUCCAAUUUUCAACCUAAGGCAUAUUUCAAAGAUGGUAAGGACACGGACAUCAUCCAUAACUGAUCAGGAACUGGAGCCCCAGGUUGCAACCACUAGCAGGGAUAGAGGUCGGGGCUGAGGCAGAGGUAGAGUCAGCCUAAAACACGCACAACAACACCUGUUGCAGAGCCUCAGAUCGAGCAAGAUGAGGAGGUACCUAUUAAGACCGUGCCAGUUGGACCAACUGAGGUCCUAUAGGGGUUCAUUGCUACCCUAAUACUCAGGACGCCUUACUCCGCCUGGUGGGUCUUAUGGAGAGCGUGGCCUAGGCCGGUGUAUUUCUUAUACCACCAGCUGUCUAUUAGGCUGGGGGAGGAGCCCAGACUCCCACUAAUCAUACUCCAAAGUAGAUGGAUCAUAGAUAUCAAACUCUGACAUUUUCGGCAGUUGGAGAAGUUCAUCCUGUUAUUGCUACACAGUCCGGGGAGGGACCUGCGAUGUCGUUCGAAGGGUUGAAGAGGUUGGAUAGGUUCACCAACGUAUUUCCUAUUCUCUUUGGUGGCACACCUUUUGAGGAACCCCAGGAUUUCUUGGAUAAUUUUCAUGAGGUAUUGCACAACAUGGGUAUAGUGGAGUCCAAUGGAGUUGACUUCGCAGUGUUUCAGAUGCACGAUUUUGCCAAGAGGUGGUGGCAGGAUUAUGUUCAGGGCAGGCCAGGAGGUUCACCUCCACUCACUUGGGAUCAAUUCUCUCAACUUUCUUGUAAAAGUUUAACCCAUUUACUUAGAUAGAGGAUUUCCGCAAUCAUUUUGAGUGCCUCCAACAGGUUAGCGUGAUUGUUACCCAGUAUGAGACCAGAUUUGUGGAUCUGGCAUGCCAUAGAGCUAUCAUGGUCCCUACUAAGAGGGAGAGGGUGAUGAGAUUUAUAUAUGCCCUUACUUAUGGCAUCAGCAAAUAGAUGGCCAGAGAGACUGAGGAUAAUAUUUCAUACACUCGAGUUGUGGAGAUCACUAGGCGAAUUGAGAGGAUUCGUGGUCAGGGUAGGGAGGCAGCACCUGAGAAAAGGCCUCGUUAUUUUAGUGGUUUUAGUGGUGCCUCGUCUAGAGGCAGAGGUUUAUUUGGUAGAGGCCAUCCUAUCAAGUCCAUUCAGUCAGAACUCCAGGUGUCUCCUAGUCCUUCAGGUGGUCACGCCGUGUAUGGAUCUCGUUUCGAGCAGCCUGUUUUUAGCACACCUUCAGCUUCUAUUAGUGCACCACCGCUACAGAGUUACUAUGAGGGUCAUUCGGGUCAUCAGAGAUUGUCUCAGACUCAGCAAUUAUGCCAGCUGCGGGGUUGCUUUGAGUGUGGCGACACAUGUCAUGUCAGGAGGUACUGUCCUAAAUUGAGGAGAAGUAGACCACAACAGGGUACUCAUGCCAUGAUUCCAAAACUAGCUGCUCUACCGCCCACUCAGCUAGCUAUAGACAUGGGUCAGGGCACCAGAGGUGGAGGUUAGGUCAUUAGAGAUGGAGGCCAGCUAGGGAGAGGUCGUCCGAGAGGUAGAGGUCAGAUUGGUAGUGCUCAGCCCCGUUGCUAUGCAUUCCCAGUUAGACCUGAGGCAGAGUCAUUUGAUGCGGUCAUAACAAUUUUAAAGAAUUAACUAAUUUUAACAAUUAUAGUUGUUCAUCAAAGUAUGAACAACUACCGUUCGAAA